CCGGCGCCCAGGCAGCCCCGGAGAGAUGGCAGGCGGCGGGGACCGAAGCGUUAUGGAUACCCUCCACCUGCUGCUGCUAGUGGCCGCCCUGCCUCUGGCGCCUGGGGGGGCCGCUCGGAGCGCCACGGCCUGGACGGAGGAAAAGAAUUAUCACCAACCAGCCAUUUUGAAUUCAUCUUCUCUCCGGCAAGUGGCAGAAGGCACCAAUAUUUCUAAAAUGUGGCAAAAUGACUUACGACCGCUUCUGAUAGAGAGGUAUCCAGGAUCCCCAGGAAGCUAUACUGCUCGCCAGCACAUCAUGAAGCGAAUUCAGAGACUUCAAGCUGACUGGGUCUUGGAAGUAGACACUUUCUUAAGCCAGACACCCUAUGGGUACCGGUCGUUCUCAAAUAUCAUCAGCACCCUCAAUCCCACUGCUAAACGACACUUGGUCCUCGCCUGUCACUAUGACUCCAAGUAUUUUCCCCACUGGGACAACAACGUUUUUGUGGGAGCCACCGAUUCAGCUGUGCCGUGCGCGAUGAUGCUGGAGCUUGCUCGAGCCUUAGACAAACGGCUCCUUUCCCUGAAGAACAUUUCAGACUCCAAGCCAGAUCUCUCACUUCAGUUAAUUUUUUUUGAUGGGGAAGAGGCUUUCUUUCACUGGUCUCCUCAGGAUUCUCUGUAUGGGUCUCGGCACUUAGCUUCAAAGAUGGCAUCGACGCUGCACCCACCUGGAGCAACCCGUACCAACCAGCUACAAGGCAUGGAUUUACUGGUACUAUUGGAUUUAAUUGGAGCUCCAAACCCAGUAUUUCCCAAUUUUUUUCCGAACUCUGCCAGAUGGUUUAAUAGACUUCAAGCAAUUGAACGUGAAUUCCAUGAACUGGGUUUGCUCAAGGAUCACUCUUGGGAGAGGCAGUAUUUCCCAAGUAAUGGUUACAGAGGCGGAAUUCAGGAUGACCACAUUCCAUUUUUAAGAAAAGGUGUUCCAGUUCUGCAUCUGAUAGCAUCUCCUUUCCCUGAAGUCUGGCACACCAUGGAGGACAAUGAAGAACAUUUGGAUGAGCCAACCAUUGACAAUCUAAACAAAAUUCUGCAAGUCUUUGUGUUGGAAUAUCUUCAUCUGUAAUACUCUGAUUUAGUGUAUGGUAAUUGCUUCUAGCAUUGUAUUAAAAAAUCAGGUACCGUUUAAAAUAAUCUGGUUCCAGACAAAUCCUGUGUGGAAAAUUCUGUCCUGUACACUCAAUCUUUAGAUGUCUUUGACUAUGUGAUCAAUAAAUCCUAGAAUUGUAUUGUGUCAUAAAUGGCUCAU